CAGUGACAAUGGAACAGCCAAUGCCAGGAGCAGUACCAAAUACGCCUCAUGGUGCACGCUCUGGAUGUUCUGCAUAUGCUGGUACUUACUCUGCUGCUGCUGACCCCAUUUUGACUUACUUCAGUGCUAUUACUGGACAGCCCCACAGGUUACAAGAUGGUUCUGGCUUCUGUGGUGUUGACAUGCACCUUCUCAAGAACAUAGAUCUACAGAAGCAAUGUAUUGGAAGAUCUCCAGUUACAGGAUGGAGAAGUAGAUGCUGAAAAACUGCA